CUGCGCCCUCCGGCUGGUUGCCGCUUUUGGGGCGGUACUCUGCCCUGUCUUCUUACUUCCACGUGAGGGGGUGCGCGAAUUCCCAGUGGUGGCCGCGCGCUCCGCACCUCUGCAGCUCUCGUGCCCCUUACGAUGGCGGGCAUCCUGUUCGAGGAUAUUUUUGAUGUGAAAGACAUUGACCCAGAAGGCAAGAAAUUUGACCGAGUAUCUCGGUUGCACUGUGAGAGUGAAUCUUUCAAGAUGGACCUCAUCUUAGAUGUGAACAUUCAGAUUUACCCUGUGGACUUAGGUGACAAGUUCCGAUUGGUCAUAGCUAGUACUUUGUAUGAAGAUGGGACUUUGGAUGAUGGUGAAUACAACCCCACAGAUGACAGGCCUUCCAGGGCUGACCAGUUUGAGUAUGUCAUGUAUGGGAAAGUGUACAGGAUUGAGGGGGAUGAGACCUCGACAGAAGCAGCGACACGUCUCUCUGCAUAUGUGUCCUAUGGGGGCCUGCUCAUGAGGCUUCAGGGUGAUGCCAACAACCUACAUGGAUUUGAGGUGGAUUCCAGAGUGUAUCUGCUGAUGAAGAAACUGGCAUUCUGAACCUCGAGGGAAACCAGCUUUGCUGCUUGGUUACUCAAGUCAUGGACAUUAUUUGAACCUGAGCAGAAGCUGGUGGUAUUGGUCUGUGUGAGGGACUGGGCUCUGUGUCCACUCCAGGUACAUCUUCAGUUUGUCUGAAUUCAGUGGAAAAGUGACUUGUCUGUAAAAGGCCAAGUGGUAGAGCUCAGCAUGAAUCUGAAGUUGUGUAUGAUUUGUUUUUUAAUUAAAGUUUACUUUUUCAGA